AAUGCGAUUGCGCCAUCUAGCUUCUAGGGAAAAACGGAAGAAGACUGAACUAAAACCCUGAGUUCCUGCCCAAAAACCUCUGCGAAGGUUGAAUUCUCACUCUCGCCGUGACUUGCCAUCAUGUACGGGGGUGAUGAAGUAUCUGCCAUCGUCGUUGACUUAGGUUCGCACACCUGCAAAGCUGGUUACGCCGGUGAAGAUGCUCCCAAGGCUGUAUUUCCUUCGGUUGUUGGAUCAAUUGAUCAAAUGGAUGUUGAUGACACUGCAAAUACGAACUCAGGUUCUGCAACAGAUUCUAAGAACAAUGCUGUAGCUAAUGAUUCUAAUAAAGGCAAGGGAAAAUGCAAAUUAUAUGUUGGAUCUCAAUCCUUGGGAUUUCGAAGGGAUCAUAUGGAGGUUUUAUCACCAAUUAAGGAUGGUGUUGUUGUUGAUUGGGAUAUUGUUGAUAGCAUAUGGGACCAUGCUUUCAGGGAAUGCCUGUUGAUUGAUCCUAAGGAGCAUCCAAUGUUGCUUGCAGAACCAUCUUCAAACACACAACAGCAGCGAGAAAGGACAGCAGAGCUUAUGUUCGAGAAGUACAAAGUCCCUGCAUUGUUUCUGGCUAAGAAUGCUGUUCUCACAUCUUUUGCAUCUGGGCGUGCCACUUCCCUAGUUGUUGAUAGUGGUGGAGGAUCAACUACAGUUGCUGCUGUACAUGAUGGUUACGUUCUUCAGAAGGCAGUAUCAUCAUCUCCUAUUGGAGGUGAACUUCUUACGGAAUGCUUAAUGAAAAGCUUGGAAAGCAAAGGUAUUGUGAUAAAACCCAGAUACUCGUUUAAGAGAAAGGAGAUACGACCAGGGGACUUUCAGGCAGUAGAUGUUGACUUUCCAAAUACAACAGAAAGCUACAAACUCUAUUGCCAGAGGGUAAUUGCAAGUGAUAUCAAGGAAUGUGUUUGUCGAGCCCCUGAUACUCCAUAUGAUGGUUUGUUUUCCUUUUCUUUGAUAUUCUCAUACAAUCAUGAAAAACACAGGACAAUAGAAAUUGGAGCUGAUAGAUUCAAGAUUCCUGAUAUUCUGUUCAACCCAUCCUUGAUUCAGACAAUUCCUGCAAUGGAGAACUUUGCUGAGAUUGCUCCUUCUGUUCGUGGUUUACCACAAAUGGUAAUAGAAAGUAUUAACAGAUGCGAUGUGGAUAUUCGGCGAGAACUGUUCAGUAGUAUACUGCUUGCUGGUGGCACAGCAUCAAUGCAACAGUUGAAAGAGCGUCUUGAGAAAGACUUGCUAGAGGAGUCUCCUCAAACUGCUAGAGUUAAAGUAUUGGCUAGUGGAAAUUCAACGGAGAGAAGGUUCAGUGUUUGGAUUGGAGGUAGUAUAUUGGCAUCCCUUGGUUCAUUCCAGCAAAUGUGGUUCUCCAAAUCUGAGUAUGAAGAGCACGGAGCAUCUUACAUUCAGAGAAAAUGCCCUUAAGAAUUGUUGAUUGAAUCAGAAUAUGAGGACAAGUUGGUGUGUUUACUGCCGUAGCUAGGAUAAGUGACUUGGGUCUGUACUCAGAACUCUCUCGCAUUAAUGUGUUGGGUUAGCAAAUUACUGGAUCCAGAGAGGGAUUGCUGCUCUAACUUCUUUAGAUUGUAUAACUUAUAGGUUAUUAAUUUCGAGAGACCUUUUACAUAUGACAUAACAUUAGCUUGUGUUGUAUCAUUAUUGUCACAUGUACUUACUGCUAAUAUCAUAACAUUAACUUAUUCCCAA